AUGAGCGUCCUUGAACAAAUCAAAGCCAACUCCAUCACCGAGCUCAAUCUUUCGCAAGACGCGGAUGAAAUUACAGAAAGAACUUCUGAAAUCGUCGAUGCCUUGCGAAGUAACAAGAGCAUCGUGUCAGUUCGCUUCGAAGGCGAGUUCCUUGGCGACAUGAGAAAUGAUUCUCGUCUCGCAGUGGUGGAAGCCAUUGGUGCGAUUCCAACAUUGCAGCGAGUCCACCUUGGUGAUACUCUGCUUGUUGUCAGUGGUAUCGCAAAGAUGCUCUCCAAGGCAACUGAUCUUCGCGAACUUUCCAUCAGCAACAUUGUUCUUCAAGGCGUCGAAUCAGAAUUUUCCUCCUUUGAAGCCACUCUGGCCUCGCACAGCGCUCUCAAGCUUUUCACCAUGGAUGAAUGUAGGCCAGCUGUGGCAGAAAUCUCACUUGACGGCUUGACCAACUCUACUACUCUGCUCAGCCAGCAAUAG